GAGAGCGUGAUAGAGACAGCGAAAGGGAAUUGGGUCGAUUGAACUGAUGACGGAGGGUAGCAAUCCAAUAUCUCCGGCGGACGGCGUGGACGUGAUCGGCGGCGGCAAAGAGCAGCAGGCGGCGGGAGUGGGGAUUCUCCUUCAAAUAAUGAUGCUGGUUUUGUCUUUCGUGUUAGGUCACAUCCUUCGUCGCAAAAAGGUUUACGUUCUUCCCGAAGCCAGCGCUUCUCUUCUCAUUGGCUUGCUCGUUGGUACACUCGCUAACAUUUCUCACACUCAAACUAGUAUCAGGGCGUGGUUCAACUUUCACGAGGAGUUUUUCUUCCUCUUCCUUUUACCUCCUAUAAUAUUAUAUCCUUAACCACUCGCAUUCUUCUGCUGUUCUUUAAUUUCAUCACAAUUACUUAUUGUUUUCAUUUCCUUGACCUUGCGCUUUCGCUUUACUCAGUCUGGCUUCAGUCUCUCGCCUGUAAGUUCUUUUUUCUUGUCCUUUCACUCUUGUUGCAUUCUUUUGUUUUCAAAUUGGUUCUUUCACUUUGCGUUUUCGCUCUUUGCA